UUUCCACAUCAUCUUUGAUUAACAACGUCCGAAAUGGCUUUAUUCACAUUUUUCACGGUGUUACUGAUCCGCAGUGGACAUGGGACGUCGGCUGAUGAUGUUUAAGUGAAGUGCAGUUUCGUUUUGCGCGAAAGUUUCUGGUGAAAAAUUUGGUGUUACGAUUCCUGAAUGAAGAGCACAUUCUUGAAAGGAUGGAUGGCAUGAAGUGAUCUGGAACAGGCUUUUUAGAGCUGACGUCGUUUACUUAUUUAUUUGCGCUUAAACAGAUUGGGAGGAUGGUAUUCACAUCUGUUUAUACGUCAGAAUAGUAACAUAUGUAGAUGUUUUUAUCUAUUUCAUCCGAUUCCGCUACAUGAAAACGGUGCACAACAAAGACGACAGUUGAAGAAUAGACACUGCCUCUGCAACACUGCAGGAUGUCACCGGAGUGAUGGCUGGUGUUACGAUGCGAAGUCGCCGUAGAGGAUUUUGACUGAUCAGGAAGUGCGGAAGAAUUUGCAACGUGACAUGACCUCGAGAUUGGACCGGUUAUUCCUGCUCCUGGACACUGGGUCCUCUCCGGUUACUCGGAAGGCGGCCGCACUCCAGCUGGGGGAGGUUCAGAAGCUUCACCCACACGAGUUGCACAACUUACUUGCAAAGAUACGGAAAUACCUGCACAGUACAAACUGGGACACGCGUAUCGCUGCGGGACAAGCUGUCGAAGCCAUUAUUUCAAAUGUGCCUCAGUGGGAUCCUCCAGGAACACCCAAAACUGAAGAUGGGAGCAUUGGAACAUCUGGGAGCACAUCAGCACACCGCAUGCGCUUUGAGCUAUUCAACAUCAACACAGUGAUGAAGCAUGGAGGGUACUUGCUCGCAUCUGAGGGAAAAGAAUUCGACCUCGAGGACAGUGAUGGUGGAUUCAACUCCAAGGAGAACCUGGUGAAGCAGCGCCAGCAGCUCAACCAACGACUCGGCCUCGAUGCAGCUGAAAAAAUUGGGAUCGACACGUCAGAAAUCUUCUCGGCUAACGACCUUUGCAGUGUUGGGCCUGCCACCAGUGGAGAAAAUGGAAACACUGCCCUGCAAGAUAAGCGCACCUUGUCAGAAGUGUUCCAGUAUCAACUGCUGUCUCAACAACAAGCUCAGGCCAAAGUGGCUCCAUCUGCAGGACCUGUCGCCAAGCGACGGGGCAGCAAUACGGAGACCAUAGCCAACAAGAGGGUUAAACUGGCUGGAGGGGGAAAUGGAGCGACCCUAAAAACGGAGCCACAUUCUAGUGAUACAACAGCACAGCUCUGGGACAUGUCAUGUGAAGAGACGUGGCCACUGGAGGGAUUUAUGGAGGCCCUUGCUCAAGAUUUAUUCAGUGCCUCUUGGGAAGUUCGGCACGGAGCGGCCACAGGCAUCAGGGAGGUGGUGCGGCUACAUGGUCGAGGUGGUGGAAAGGUGGCUACUAUGCCAGCUGCUGAGAUGGAGGCAGCGAAUCAGCUGUUCCUCGAAGACAUUGCCCUACGUCUGCUCUGCGUGUUGGCUCUAGACAAGUUUGGGGACUUCAUCUCUGACCAGGUGGUGGCACCCGUACGGGAGACGUGCGCCCAGGCACUGGGACACAUCCUACACCUCAUGGCAGGAACCGGGGACUCGCGUCAUCCCAUUGCCGGUGGGGUCGGGGGAGUCCUUUGCGUGUUGCUCCAGCUCCUUCAAAGGCCAGAAUGGGAGGCACGUCACGGAGGGCUGCUCGGAAUCAAGUACCUCCUGGCUGUCAGAAAGGACUUGACAUCCAACCUGAUACCCGUGGUGUUCGAACCCGUCUUUGGAGGUCUUCAAGAUCACAAUGAUGAUGUGAGCGCCGUGGCUGCUGCAGCGUUAGUCCCUGUUACGGACGACCUAGUACGGAUCAUGCCCAAUGAGGUCCCACGUGUGAUUGGUACUUUAUGGGACUCCCUCUUGGACCUCGACGAUCUAACCUCCUCGACGAGCAGCAUUUUAACGCUUCUUGCAUCAUUGCUCUCUUACUCAUUGGUGCAAGCCAGUAACCAAGACCCAUCGCACAUUGUCCAGCUGGCGCAGUCUCACCCACUGCAGUCGUGCGUUCCCAGGCUAUGGCCUUUUCUGGGGCAUAACGCUGCCAUUGUGCGCAAGUCAGUUCUUGAGUCGCUCCUCAUCUUGACCUCAAAGUCCAGUCCACAGCCACCUGACGAAUGGCUACCUGCAGUGCUUUCAGACCUCCUGCGUUUGCUGUUCCAGCACUGCCUCAUCGAGAGCAACACGGACGUCCUCUGCCUAAUUUUUCGGGUGUGGCAGCAAGUACUGGAAGGCGCUCCAUUGGAUGCUAUACUGAUCAGCGCAUGCCCUUACCUCAGUUCCUGGCUGUGCCUAUUAAUGCACCCGUCCCACCUAGCCAUUGAUCCCAGUGCUCUGCAGUGGCUUGUACUACCUCCAAGAACUAAGCACGACAAAAAGGUUGUAGGUCGCCGCUCCUUGUGUGAGGGUCCUCGAGAAAUCGGAGCAGCAACGACUGUAGCACAAUUCUACAUCGGUGGGGCGGAGUCCCUGAACGAGAGUCCCCAGGAGAGGGAAGCACUGGUGCUUCGUUGCCGCUACAUGGCCUCCAAGCUGUUGGGUGUGCUGUCGGGCUAUGUGACACAGCCUAUGCCUGGUACGCAUUUGGAAGCUGCGACGACAGAUGCCACGGAAUCUCCCGUUGAAUGCUAUGCCCGUCUCGUGCUGUUCCACCUGCGUUCAAAGAGUGCUCUCCAGAGAAUGGCUACUGCACUCGUCUUGGCACACUGGGUUGCACUGGAUCCAAAACACACGUGUCCGGUGUCUGUGCGUGAACGAGUGUUGGAGUGCCUCUCUGAGAACAUCUACUUCGACGAGAUAGCCAGUGCGUUCACACGGCUUCAACAGGAGUGCCGUGACUUCACUGCCCUCUUGCGACACUUCCAGUUGCCCCUCGACGCCUCCUACCAGCCAAGUGUGGUAUUGACGGUGGAUCAAGCUACACAGCUGGCAACGAGCGUGUUUCAGAGCCUUGUACAGCAGACAAAACUGAAGCCUAAAGUAUUAGAGAAUUUGGAAGAAAAGCGCAAAUGCGUGCUCCGGACAGCUAUGCAGACAGGCAAGGACCAACUGUCCCUCAAUAUAAUGGUCCAAGCAUCCCUUGCAAGUUUCUUGGUGUCUCUCCAUUGGUUGCCAGAAAAGUUGAAUCCUGUGAUCCGCCCCCUCAUGGAGUCUAUAAAGAAGGAAGAGAAUGAACAAUUACAACGUGCUUCUGCUGAGCAUCUGGUUCUUCUGCUGGAGCAGUGUGUGCAACGGCAGCCGUGUCCCAACCCAAAAGUAUUGCGCAACUUAAUUGCCUUUCUUUGCUCUGACGCGUCAUUCACACCCCGCAUUGAAAGUGGACCAACAGAGAGCAAUGCAGAGGAGGCAACGCAGCGACAGCAGCGUCAAAACUCUGUUGCAACAGCCACGACAUUACUGCAUACGCCAAGCAAGUUUGAUGGGAUUCUCACGCUUGCAAAUAUGCAAAAGUCUGCAGAGAGAGCCGGGCUUCGUCGUGCAAACUCUGUAGCGGCACGCAAGAACUCCCUGCAGGGAACUCCGCCCACUGAUGGGGCAACAGAAGACACGCAGUGUUUGGCUGAUGACGAGACCCAGCAUGCAAAUGAGAUUCAGCGACGUGGUGCAACCAUUGCCUUGUCUUAUGCAGCGUCUUACUUGGGCGAAAAUCUACCCGAGAAGUUGCCGAGCCUCUGGGAGAUAGCCUUUGAGGCCCUCAGACAAAAUGGGAAACAUGUUGCAGGGGAAAACACAAUUGACUCAACAGCAAGAAACCAGGAUGAAUUGUCUCAGCAGCUUGUGACAGGACUUCAACUUUUGGAAGUAGUUGGUCCGAAUUUGCACCUGCAGCUCCAUUCCAAGGUAGCAGAAGUGCUCCCAGCAUUGUGCGUAACACUGGACCACAGUCACACAGCGGUACGCCACAUGGCUGCUCGUUGUCUGGGCAUGCUGAGCAAAGUGUUAACUGUCCCCACUAUGACUCUCAUCCUUGGGGAGGUGCUAGGCAGGAUCGGGGCUUCGCAUGCAGAUACUCAACGUCAAGGUGCCAUCGAAGCCAUUGCCUGUGUGAUUGAUAACCUUGGGCUGGACCUGGUGCCUUACAUAGUGUUUCUAGUGGUUCCCAUGCUUGGAAGAAUGAGCGACAACAACGAAGCCGUCCGCCUCCUGGCCACCCACUGUUUUGCAGCCCUCGUGCGCCUCAUGCCUCUCGACGGCGGCAUACAUGAGCCGUUGAAUUUACCUGCACACUUGGAAGCAAAACGCAUCGAGGAGAAACACUUUCUGGAGCAGCUCAUGAACGCCAAACACGCCGACAACUUCCAGCUUUCUAUCCCGAUCAGUGCUCAACUUCGCUCAUAUCAGCAGGAAGGUGUGAACUGGCUGGCAUUCCUCAACAAGUACAAAUUGCAUGGAAUUCUGUGUGACGACAUGGGCUUGGGAAAGACGUUGCAGUCCAUCUGUAUCUUGGCACAGGAUCAUUUUCUCAGGGAACAAGCUUAUAAGGAGAGUGGCCAGCCAGACUCAAAGCCACUGCCUUCGCUGGUCAUCUGCCCGCCGACCCUGACUGGACACUGGGUCUAUGAAGUAGAGAAGUUUGUCAGCUCAAAGUAUCUCAACCCACUUCACUACACCGGACCACCUACAGAGCGGAUGAAGCUUCAAGGCAGGGCACGGAGGCACAACCUGAUUGUGGCAUCUUACGACAUUGUUCGUAAUGACAUUGACUUUUUUGGCGCAAUCCGUUGGAAUUACUGCAUUCUUGAUGAAGGACACAUCAUCAAAAAUGGACGAACGAAGCUUGCUCGUGCUAUCAAACAACUGCGUGCGAAUCACCGACUCAUUCUGACGGGGACGCCCAUCCAGAACAACGUACUUGACCUGUGGUCCCUCUUCGACUUUCUGAUGCCAGGGUUCUUGGGUACGGAGAGACAGUUUGUGUCACGCUACAGUCGACCCAUCCUGCAGUCAAGAGAUGCAAAAUCAUCUUCUAAGGAACAGGAAGCUGGUGUCCUAGCUAUGGAGUCUCUUCAUCGACAAGUCCUGCCUUUCCUGCUGCGAAGAAUGAAGGAUGACGUCCUACAGGACUUGCCCCCCAAAAUAAUUCAGGACUACUAUUGCGAACUGAGCCCUCUUCAGGUGCAACUGUACGAAGACUUUGCCAAGAGCCGAGCAAAGAAAGCUGUUGACGACUCCGUUGUAGGAGCCAGCAACGAGAAUGUGGACAUGCAUGGAACUUGCCAUGUGUUCCAGGCCUUACAAUACCUACGCAAAGUGUGCAACCACCCGAAACUGGUGCUCAACACUUAUCAUCCCGAGUACGAGCGCAUCAUGCGCUCUCUUCAGCAGAGCAACACUCCCUUGUCAGACAUUGGCCAUGCUGCAAAGCUGAGAUCACUAAAGCAGCUUCUACUUGACUGCGGUAUUGGCACAGCGGGACAAGCCGAGCAAGAACAGGUUGUGCAUGCCCACCGAGCUCUUAUUUUCUGCCAACUUAAAAGCAUGCUGGAUAUCGUCGAGAAGGAUCUGCUCAAGAUGCACAUGAGUAGUGUAAGCUAUCUGCGCCUGGAUGGCAGCGUUCCACCGGGCCAGAGACACGCACUCGUUCAGCGAUUCAACGACGACCCUUCGAUAGACGUCCUGCUCCUGACGACGCAGGUGGGCGGACUCGGGCUCAACCUGACUGGUGCGGACACCGUCAUCUUUGUUGAGCAUGACUGGAAUCCAAUGAAAGAUCUGCAGGCCAUGGACCGAGCACACAGGAUUGGCCAGAAGAAAGUAGUCAACGUCUACAGAUUGAUUACACGCGGAACCCUCGAAGAGAAGAUAAUGGGCUUGCAGAAGUUCAAACUGACAAUCGCCAACACAGUUAUCACGCAAGAGAACAGCAGUCUACAAACCAUGGGAACAGAUCAGCUGCUCGACCUGUUCACAUUGGACCAGGAUGGAGCGAAGACGACGGAUCGCGCCGGGUCCUCGUCCACGCGGAGCAUCCGUGGCCUGUUGGAAACUCUACCCGAGCUCUGGGACUCGUCCAAGUACGAUUCGGAAUACGAUCUUUCGUGCUUUUUGAGCACGUUGAAGCCAAAGUAACCAACGACGUGACUGUGUCUGUUCAUAAAUUGUGUUUAGAGUCAUAGUAUAUUUAUUUUUUGCCCGAUGCGCGACACUAGGCGUCUGUUUCUUUGGACACAUGGUGGAAACCUUAACGGUGGCAGCUGAGUCAGGGAGGUGGGCUUGCCCUGUGAUUAUACUUGUAUGACACGAGAGAUCCUUUUAUAUAAAGUGGAAAACAUACUGUGUGACAGACAAUGUUUGCUCCGUAUUGAGAUCUGUAAAUGUCCUGUGGAAAAGGGUAAUGGAAGAGUUAUGGAAUGUGCAUGAAUUUUGCGCAGGAUGUUGUCCUUGUUACUUGUGAACGAUUGUUGAGCUGUUGUGUUGUCUGAUGUAGCUGUUAUUUCAUUACGUGCAAGGUGCACGGGCAGAGCUUGACGAUACACAUCUCCAUGUAUUGUCUUAGGUGUAAAUGUUGUAGCAGUCUCAUCCCUCCUGUUUUGCUCUCUGAAUGCACACAUUUUACACCUUGCUGCGUAAGGUGAACGAGUCUUAGUCGUUCAAACAUUGAGUGUGCCACCAGAGCAAUUUCUCUAAUGCUUGGUGCCAAAGCCAUUCAGUUUUGGCUGUACUCAAUCUCCUUUUCACGUAAAGGAUAUCUGUAUCUGUGUAUUUGUUACAUUUCAUGUUGAAAACUCUACACACUUUCUGAACGGUAGAAAAUAUUUUUUAUUGGUCAGCGCACUGCAUGAACUCCGCCCAGAUAAACCAGAGCGGUGCCGUCCUGCCUGUUCUCUAGCAAAAUGAUGAGGUCCAAUAAAUAAAUGACAUCCCA